AUAAAUUAUACAUUCCAGUUUUCCAAACUCACGCAUCACCCAACUUUUCAGAGAACGUCUGACCAAAAAACUUUCCAGAAAAUGAGAUUCUUCUCUUCGAUGGCCGCAACAACUUUGCGUUCCCUCUCAAAGAAGUUAAGCAAGUCCUAUGUUUUUCUCAUGAUCUUCUUUAGCUGUUUGUUGCGGCUAUCCGAGGCAACCAACAUUCUCGUGCCUGGUCAGGACUUGACGGACAACAAGACGUUGGUCUCAUCCAAUGAAGUGUUUGAGCUAGGAUUCUUCCGGACUGGUCGGUCUUCCUCAAGCAACUACUACUUGGGCAUUUGGUUCAAGGAUGAUCCUCACAAGAAACCGGUCUGGGUUGCGAAUCGAGGAUACCCGCUUAUUGAUUCUUCUGGUGUUCUCUCCAUCAGGAAUGACGGGAACUUGGUGAUUUCUGAUAAAAGGCUGAUUCAGCAUAUAGUCAAUGAAGUAUCUACUAGUAAUAGCACAAGCGCCAUAUUGCUUGAUUCUGGCAAUUUUAUUCUGAUGGAAGGCGAUAGCACAGUUUGGGAAGGCUUUUACUAUCCAUCUGACACAUUCCUACCCGGGAUGAAACUUGGGUUUUUGGAUACAGGCACUGGUAAAAUGAGGAACCAGUUCCUUGUUUCGUGGCAGAGUCCAUCUGUUCUCUCCAUCGGUUCCUUCGUUCUUGCUCUACUAGAAAAGGAUAAGACCCAACUUGGAGUGUGGCACCGCGACGAGGUUUUUCGACUGAUCGGGUACUAUGAUGGUCAGAGAUUCAGGUUCUUGUUCAACAGCUCACUCAAUGACUACAAUUUCACUUUUGUGUCUAGCAUUACUGAGACUUACUUAACUUUUGCUACUAAGGGAAAUGAUACUUUUUCCUGGUUCGUUAUAUCCCCAACAGGGGAAAUUCAGGCUUUCUCAAAGAUUGGGAAGGAAAUAUCGGUAGUGUAUAGUACGAUAUGCACAAAUACUUCGUCUAACAAUGCGGCCAACUGUUAUAUCGAGAAGCUGCCCUUAUGUGCAGAUGGUAAUAACUUCUCAAGGAUAGAAGGGCCGAUGCCAAAUCCUAGUGCUUUCAAUGAAUCCGAUGGUCUGGGCAUUAGUGACUGCGAAAUAAUGUGCCGGAGUAAUUGCUCCUGCACUGCUUUCAAUUCGUAUCAUGAUGACGGCACUGGAUGUCAGUUUUACUAUGAAAAUAUAGAGUUCACUGCAGGUGAAACCGGCCAACGGAACACCACCAUGUUUGUUCGUGGGAAUUUCACUGAAACAGCUUACCGACUUCCAAGGAAUUCCGGUCCUUGGAAAAAGAGGCUUCUCUGGCUGAUAACAAUUAUUUCCCUAGUUGUACUCGCCAUUUCAGCUUCUGUUGUUAUCUUAAGAUGGAAAAGUCACACUUGCAUAGCAGCAUGGAAUGAGAGAGGAACAAACACGAAAAGGAGCUUGGAGUUGUUCCUGAUCCUACUGGGGUCUGAUGUCUGGGUGGAAAAUCGAGACGGCCGCACUAGUAAACUCAAAUCUCUCAGAAAGAGAGAUCAUGAGCUACCGAUUCUCAGCUUUUCUUGUGUGUCAGUGGCCACGAAUAAUUUUUCUCCAGCAAAUGAACUAGGCAAGGGUGGUUUUGGGCCUGUUUAUAAGGGUUUGUUAUUGGGGCAUGAAAUUGCUGUGAAGCGACUUUCUAGGAAGUCCGGGCAAGGGAUAGAGGAGUUCAAGAAUGAGGUUCAGUUAGUCUCGAAGCUCCAGCACAGGAAUCUUGUCAGGUUGCUGGAUUGUUGCAUCGAGAGAGAAGAAAAAAUCUUAAUCUAUGAGUACAUGGCUAACAAAAGCUUGGAUUCCUUUCUUUUCAAUCCUCACAAGAAGCCGCUUCUGGAAUGGAAGAGACGUGUGUUAAUCAUCGAAGGAAUAGCUCAAGGACUUCUUUAUCUGCACCAGUAUUCUAGAUUAAGGAUCAUCCAUCGCGAUCUGAAGACUAGCAACAUUUUGUUGGAUAAAGACAUGCACCCUAAAAUAUCUGACUUUGGGAUGGCGAGAAUUUUCGGAGAGAAUCAAGUGCGGGAGAAGACCACUAGGGUUGUCGGGAAAUACGGUUAUAUGUCUCCAGAGUCUGCUGUGCAUGGCCUUUUCCCUACGAAGUCUGAUGUAUUCAGCUUUGGAGUGAUUAUGCUGGAGAUCAUUAGUGGUAGAAAGAACACAACCUUCACUCAUUUGGAUCGCUCUCUAAACCUGCUAGGAUAUGCUUGGGAAUUGUGGAAAUCUGGGCACGGAGUUGAGGUAAUGGACCUUGUAUCAGCUGAUCCGUCUUCCAUAAGAGAAUUUUCUCUGUUUCUACACAUUUCGCUGUUGUGCGUACAAGAGUGUCCAGAAGAUAGACCAAACAUGUCAGAUGUUGUUUCCAUGCUAAGUAACGAGAGUUCCAAUCUGCCUUCACCGAAACAGGCAGCAUUUUCUUCACAUGUAGGGUAUCAUGGUUCACAAGAGCACCAUGGUUGCUUGUCAAUCGAGAUAACCUAUUCCACGGUGGAAGCAAGGUAGCAGUCGAAUUCAAAGAUAAAUUCUUGUUGUACAGAAAAUUCAUUGUCAUGUAAUUGUUUAUAGAGCACCAUCAUUCAGCUAAUUGUUCCAAUAUUUUUUCUGUUCCAAUUUUCA